AUGGCCAAAGUUGGAUUAGCAUUCUCUGGUGGUGGGAUCCGGUCAGCGUCAUUCUGCUCCGGUGUCCUGCGCAGACUACUCCAGAAGAAAGCCAAUGUAGAUUUCCUAAGCUGCGUGUCAGGGGGUGGUUACACAGGUACUGCGUACUUGGACUGGAAGUACCAGAAUGGCAAAAAGGACUCUCCAGAGUGGCAUCGGGAAUUCUUCGAGCAUCUGCGAAGUCGAAGCGGUGCCUUUUGCAAUUGGCAAAGGCCCUGCCAAGGAAUUCUGGAUUCUGCCAUAUUGUUCACGAUGACAGUAUUUGUCGCCUUAAUCAUCCCCUUUCUAUUGUGGUCUUCUUACGCAUGUCCACUAGCUUUUGUGAUCGACUUCUUGUUUGGAAAGAUUCUUCGUGGCGGAGGUAAACCUUGCUCAAAGGUGGUCCAAAAGGAUCCAAGUAUGACCAUUAAAGAAUGCCGUGCAGAACGACUUACCUCCCCUAUUAUUUACAAACAAUUCGCCCUGUUCGCAGCACCUAUUGCUGUAGCUGUAUUAUCCAGUGUUAUCAAAGGUUUAUUUACCAAAGGAAAAGGCCUGUUCACAUUCCUCUCUACGUCCGGUUUCGUCUUUUUUGGUUUGGUUUUCAUUCCUUGGUUCAUUGACGAAUUUCUUCACUUGAUUCCAAUGUGGAUGAAAUUUCUUAUCAUCCUGCCCACAUUUUUUCUUUGGUUUUCGUUUCCGCUCAUGCGCAAGAAUGCCACUCUUGUUCUUGUGAUUUACGUCUACUCUUUUGUAAUUAACUGGAAAGUUUUCAACGGUCGCGUAUUCAGCUUAGAGUACAAUGACGAGUUGUUCAGUACUCUGAUGGGUGUGUCUACUGUUCUUUUGUGGAUUGCGCCUAUUAUAGGAACAAUACAGCAGCGCAUUGGCCACGUUUAUAAUAGGUAAGUUUCGUUAAUUGUGAUAAUUAAUACUUGAAUUUCAAACUUUUUUAAGAUUAAAAAUCUGCUUUGGCCUCGAGAAAAAAGAUUAUUUUAUCAAGAAAAUCAAAUGUUUUAUUUGAGAUUAUUAGAGGAGGCCUCAUAUCUUUAAGUACAGACUAGAUCAGUGUACUCUUGAGCCCAUAACUCCGGAGAGAGCAACUUACAUGCGCUCGUGUCACGGCGUGUUCACCGACCAGUUUAUUUUCAGAUAGAUGUUGGCGCGACUUUAUAAUAUCUUCUAAGUCCUAAAAACUAGUCAACGAAACAUACAGACCUGAAAAUAGUAUUUUUGAUCUUUUAAAAAACGUUAAGUUUUCCUAUUUCAUAUCUUCAUACUUCAAAUGCCCUCAUUAAUAAAAUCCUUUCAAUAUCCGCUAAGAGUCCUCAAAGCAAACAUAGAGCAUAGGAGUAAAGGGGUUGAGUUUAUGAUCGGGUAAAUAUAAUUUUUGUUGACAAGUAGUGGUUGUACAGGUUUAUUUCACCAAGACUGAAAUCAUAAUAAGCCAAAACUUUGCACGACGUUUCCUUUCCUGGUGAAUAUUGUAUAUUAAAAAAAUUAAAUUAUAACAAUAUACGGAUUUGUUGACCGAGUGCUAACGUUUUCCCUAAACUACAUAAUUAAUUGACACAGGUGGCGUAUCCAACGAGCUUUCUAUACACCGUCAAGCGUAGGUACAUGGGGCUGUGGAGGAAUAUCAUGGCGAGAUCUGUUCUUACGUUGCCCAACGUGCAGUCCACAUAUGCAGCGCAUCAACCUCAGCCGAGCACUGACCUUGGAGGACCUUGAUGACGUAAAGCCCAUUUACAUAGGCGGGAUCACAGUCAAUAAAUGGCGACGUACCACCUCCUCUAAAGAACUAGAUUAUGAACUCUUAACGAUGUCGCCAAAUGGAAUUGAACGACUGGACCGACCUCUUCACGAAAGUGAGUUUGUUGGCAAGUUGAUGCCUAUGGAUGUGUUCUUAUCUGACGCCAUGGCAACGUCAGCUGCCGCUGUCGAUCAUCACAUGGGAGCCUAUGAAGGAGAUGACGCAUCCUUUAAAGACUUAAAGGUUAUGCUUGGAAUCUCGAUGGGGACGGCGGUCGUUGCUGACGAGAGGCACGAGGGAAAAAGGAAUUGUUUAAUCCAGGUGGAUAAAUAAACUUUUUUUAAUCUAGAAGAAAAUGACUGAUUGACUGAAGAUUUGACUUGCCAUUUUUAUACUACUUCAUUUAUGUAGCUCUGUGUCACGCAAAAGACAUUAGUGAACUUACGCAACAGGACGGGAGAGGACAGAAGACGGCAAACCUUGUGUGACAACCGUGACAACAAUUUUGUUUGAAAUAACUUUUCGCCAAACUUCACUUUCCUUUAAACAGAUCUUUUUGUAAAAACAAGAAAACAGUAACGCUAAGUGAAGAUCACUGCUGAGUUUGUCACACACAAACAUUUUGCCGUCCUCUUCUUCCUGCCGUCCUGUUGCGUAAACUCACUAUUACAAAACAGUGCCCGGAUUCAGACCCUAAGAAAGGGGAGAGGGGGAGGCAGUCGUCCAGACCCUUAGAUAAGUGGGGGCCCCGUUCUCCCCUCCGGGCCCCUCCCCUGGAUCCGCCGCUGCAAAAGUAGCCUGAAAAACUGCCGUCUCUCCUCACCUCCUCCUCCUCUCGGGUGGAAAAACAUCCCUAGCGGCGAGGAGUGUAGCCUCCCACGCAGGCGUUUUUAGGGGAGCUCGUUUUUCAUCCCUCCCCACAAACGAGCUCCCCUAAAAACGCCUGCGUGGGAGGCUACAAGGAGUGAGGAUUACGGCGAAACAUUCAGAGAGGUGUUGCGUGACAUCGACGGCAGGCUUUUGGGGACCUGGCUCCGAGUAAUGGCUGUUGUUGGCUUAGAGCUCUGUUUGAUGUACUUAGCGUAAUAUAUAUAGAUUUAGCCACGGCUAAAAGCGAAGCUCUCGUUAACAUACUUAUAGUUUACUCAAUGGAAAAGUUACAUCGUGUCAUGCUCAGAGCGGCGACGGCAACGAGAACGGCAAUUGGUCUGAUUAGCAAAAAUACAACUUUGCACAUGCAGCACACUUGAAACAGUGACAUAAGACAGAUAAAAUGGCUACAAAUAGCCCAAUGGGUGAAAACUGCGACAGCGACGAUGAAAUGCGCAAAAAAAAAAUUAAAAUUGUAAAUUGCUUGUUUAACCACGAAGCACAUAGGAGUAUAUAUGAACUCGUUUAAACGUGUUCGUGCGUUCCAGAUCGAAUUGGAAUUUGGAAGUGUUGGUUUUUGAGGAGAGGGGAAAACCGGAGAACCCGGAGAAAAACCUCUCGGAGCAAGGGAGAGAACCAACAACAAACUCAAACGACAUAUGGCGUCGACGCCGGUAGUUGAACCCGGGCCACAUUGGUGGGAGGCGAGCGCUCUCACCACUGCGCCACCCUGCGCAAAUACAGUUCUAGUAAAAUAUCGACAGGGACAUGGCUUCCUCCUCAACAUGAGAAGCGAGAGCUUUUGAAAUUCAGAAUAGGGAAAAGUGAAUCCCCCACCCCUCCCCCUAACAAAACCUUAUUAAUAAUUUCUCUGUUUUUAAUUACUUUUUCUCAGUUCUUGCCGCUUGUCAUAGAAGUACUUCGUAUCCUGCCACUGAUGCUUUGUUUGAUUCUCUACUGGCAAACUGGUCGGAGAAGGUACUUGGUUAUUGGAAUCUUGACGUUCUUUGGUCUGCUGAUAUUACUCACGCUCACCGCACUAAUACCGACUGGCAGCAAAAAUCCGGGACGACUGGAACGGAUUGCCAGGUAGAUUACUUCGUUCACCUGACAAAUGACAUUUUGAAAUACUAACUUGUUUUUAAGUUUUGAAGUUUGUAUCAUGACCCAAUAUAUUAUAAACACAAUGAUAAAAUACGAGUUAACCCACGGAGGACGUCGCCCUUGGCCUAUAGACAAAUUUAGUUCAAAAGUUGAAAGAGGUGGAUACUAGGCAGAGUGUUUUAUCACAGUCAAAACGGAGAUACAGGGUGCUAAGAUCCAGUGGGCUGGAAGGGGUUCUCCCAUAUUCAAGCUACUGGAAAUAGGUUUGUGCGUACCACGGGUAUAAAAGAGUAUCAUCGAUAUCAAGAUACCCAGUCUUUAAACAGGCUCUAUUUUUUAAUCAGGAUUGUGGUCCCAUGACAAGAUACCUAUAAGAGCACUAGACCAAAGUAGUAACUUUCAUAAAACCUCACUUACCGGGUCAUUGUAUCUUAUUUUAAAAAAGUCUUGGUUAAAGAAUCAUAAAAAGCAACACCAAUAACAGCUGCAGAAACAUACACAAUCUGUUUACCCAAUCUUGCGUUUUCUGUUUUUUCUUAUAAAUAUAGGGCAUGAUUUUUCGAUUUUCCUUCCCUCUAAAAAAGUCGUGCUGAAUACAGACCAUUCCCGGUACUUACCUUUCCUGAAUUGAGAGAACGGGUCAAAUGUUAUUAAGCUUACUUUUUAACGACUAACCAAUCGCUUCUUUGUAGGUGGUUCACCAUAAACGUCGCUUACGUCAGCUUUGUCCGUAAAACCAUUGGUGUGACGAAUCUAGGUCCCAAUCCUCCGCCCGUCUUACGUCUGAGUGAUGGCGGCCAUAUUGAAAACCUUGGAAUCCUUCCUCUUCUCAAGCUAAGACUGAAAAAGAUUGUUGUCGUCAAUGGUGGACGCACAAUUUGUGACGAAGCUUAUGGUGCAACUUUAUUGGCCGCUUUGGAUAUGGCCAGAAAAAAGCUAGGUUGUUCAUUUUCGGGAAUGGAUGGACGAGACAUUGCGGAGGAUAUACAAGACAAAUUUGUGAAUCAACCUCCAGGAUCACAGCCAAGCAGUUACCGGUAAUUUGAAAAUGAAAAUUUUUAAAAGUGUAGAAUUUUUGUACGGGAAAUAUAAGCAGCGAGAAGGUUCACGCAAUGGCGCUUAAAAUCAUCAAAAUGCGAAUAUAUAAUUAAUUUGGGAUGGGUAAUACAGUUUCGGACAGUUGAACCUUAACGUGUGACAAUCUCUAGUAAGCGACCACCUCCCAUAAACGACCACUAACAUAAAACACCAAAAUUUGCCCAGUCAAAGCCUUGUUGGAACCUUUUGUAAACGACCGCUUAUCAUAAGCGACCGCGGUUAUUUUUUAAGAUGAUGAUUUUUCUAUUCUUCAUUGUCUAAACCUCUUUCCAUUAAACUAAAAAGUAGACUGCUAUUGAAAUCAGUUUUUGCGUCGUUUCAGGGUCUGAAAACGGGUAUGCAAUUUGCCCAUUUUUGUCUGGAUUGGGGUAUGGUUUUUGAGUGAACUACGGGAGUGUAUGGACGUAUUUAUCGUUUCAAUUCCAGAUGAGUAAGAAAGAAAGACAAAUAUGCGAAUUCGAAAUGAAUUUGAAGAAUGUUUUUGUGUGCACUCUAAUCUAAGUAAUGAUAACAUAAUUUCUGCCUAAAGGCCAGGUCUGAAAACGGGUAUGGAUUUUAGAGGUCUGGUCUGAAAACGGGUGUGGAAAAUUACUUAAUUAAGUUUUGGUUUGAAAUAGGGUCAAGAUUUGGAGAACCGGGCGGCACAGCCCUACCAAGAAUUCCCAGGAGUACCCUCCCCCGUACUAUACUACUCAGAACAUCAGCAUAUACGAAGACCUCUCAGUGAUAACAUGGAAUUAACCAUAUCGUAACUUAAAAAGAGUCUUAACAUUGAGGAUAAAUGAGGAUGAACACUUACGGGAGGUUCGACAGUCAGUCAUUUGCUUUAGUCCUGCCUCCCCCCUCCCCCGGGGCUUUAGUCCGCUUUAUUCCCUAGCAAGGAACCAUUCCUUCUAGAUGGCGUAUACAUUUACCUUUGUGAAAUGAGAAGUUGGUAAUUAUUUCUUAGGUUUAAAGUUCACUACUACGACAAGGAUCCCAGCGGAUAUGGUAAAACGAAAGUUGGUGAAGCUGAUAUACUCUUCAUUGCUCCCCGACACCCCGACAAGACAGUGCAAAAGAAGGGAAACGAAACUUGGGGAGAGGUGUUGCGUGACAUUGACAUUGAUCUCGAAGCUGGCCGUUGGGGACCUGGUCCAGAGCUGUCAGGAGAAGAAGUAGAUCGUCUGACGUUUUGUUGCUGUGAGGGUUGUCAUGGAGUCAAGUGUCGGGGAUUGUCAGAGUGGAUGUGUGGUGCGUUUCCCCAGCAUUCAACAGCUAAUCAGUUCUUCACACCUGCCAUGUUUACAGCGUAUCAUAGAGAGGGUUACCGCGCUUGUAUGGAAGCGAAUGCAACUGAAUUCCUUGCUGAAUCCCAAGGACCGCGAGAAGAUGCGGCAAAGGCGUAUGCGACAUUGUAAAAUGACCCAUUUUCAAACAGGUACAUCUAUACCACUCUGCUGUCGGGUGAUCUAUGGAUUUUAUUGAACGGUGUAUGUGGAAAAUAAAUGACAGUAAAAUCGAAUUACAAGAAUGAAUAAUCAGAAUUAAGUUAUUCUAAAUUACAUAAAACAUAAGGGCGUCACCAGCUUAGGAAUAUAUCUAUGCGAUGAGCAUUCCACUGAGCGAAAAGCUGUUGUAGUUGUCAGGUUUAUAUUUGGUAAGUAUCCUGCUAUCCGUAAGAUUUAAGCCACAAUGUUAUUGUAACAGUAAAAGACAGAAUAUAGUCAAACAAAGUGAUAAACUUCAAAAAUAACUUUUCAAAAAAAGUUUCGGUUAUAGUGUAGCGGUAUUUUGGAACAGUUAACCAUCUUCACCGGACUCAUAAUGAAGGCAUCGUCACGUGCAGCGACUAGUUUCACAGCACUAGAAUUUGUUGUCUCAUUUUCCUAGAGUACCGUAAAUCCUCUAUUGAAUCCCGGGGAGCUUACUUAUUUCAAGCCCAUUUGUAGGGGGGGAGGGCUUAUUAGAGACGGG